AUGCCGGGUGAGAAAGAACCUUAUAGAACUUGCAAAUCUAAGAGGUUUAUUUCCAAAAUCAUGUUUGUGAGUAUUUCCAAAAUCAUGUUUGUGAGUGCAAUUGCCCGCCCUAUCAUAGAUGAACAGGGGAAUGUGCUUUUUGAUGAAAAAUUGGGCAUUUUUCCAUUCACAAAUGAAGAGGCAGCCAAAAGAAAUUCCAAGAAUAGAACAAAAGGCACUAUGGAAACCAAACUAAUACAAAACAUCACACAGAACAUCACGAGGGACUGCAUGCUCACUAAGAUGUUACUUGUUUUUAAGGCCAAGUGGCCUGCAUUUGCAAGCAAAGACAUAUUCAUACAGCAAGACAAUGCUAAACCACACAUCAAACCUGAUGAUUCGGAGUUUCUAGCAGUUGCAAGAGCAGAUGGUUUUAAUUUCCAACUGGUCUGCCAACCUGCAAACUCUCCGGACAUCAAUGUGAAUGAUCUUGGCUUCUUUAGAGCUAUUCAAAGCUUGAAAGACCAGAAACCAGCCACGGAUGUGGCUGAAUUACUAAAAAAUGUGCACGAAGUCGAAGCAUACUUCGAGUAUCCACCACAUAAAAUAAACCAUGUAUUCCUCACUCUACGGGGUUGUUACCAUGAAAUACUGAAAGCUAAAGGGGAUACCAACUACACAAUCCCUCAUAUGAACAAAAAGAGUUCGAAAUAG